AACAAAAAUACCAGUAACUGAAAAGGCAAUUAAAGAGUCAUUGGCUCUCGGGGAGUGGAACGAUUUCUCUCACAGAAGAGGACGUCUAGAGAUUGGAAUAUCAUUAUCCAAAGCAAUACUAAUAAAAGUUUCAAAAAACCCAUAUUCAUCGUCUUCCUCAAAUUUUCACCAGGGAGCGAAGGAGCCUAGAAAUCCUUUCCAGAAAGCUCACUUGUCAGCGACUUUCAUCACAUGGCAUUGGUGUCAGGUUCAAAUUUGCACUGUAGACUACAACUUCGUUUAUUAUAAAUCCAUCUGCCACCCAUGUUGAAUUUCAGAGAUUGCACUUGGGAAGAAGUCAACAAAAUAAUCUAGUUGCCAUAUCUAGUGGUAAUACAGAAAACUGGGGAGAAUCCAAUAUGGCAGAUGCUAGUCCAAGGACUGAUAUCUCAACAGAUGCAGAAACAGAUGAAAUGAAUCAGAGGUUUGAUAGUGGAAAAUCAAUUGUUGUUGCACCUUCUGAUUCUAGUGACCGAUCCAAGAGUAAUUUGGACCAAAAGAUUCUUCGCAGACUUGCUCAAAAUCGCGAGGCUGCAAGAAAAAGCCGAUUGAGGAAGAAAGCGUACGUGCAACAGCUGGAGAGUAGUCGUUUGAAGUUGACACAACUAGAGCAGGAACUCCAGCGGGCACGGCAGCAGGGUAUCUUCAUAUCGAGCACAGGAGAUCAAAGUCAUUCAAUUGGUGGAAAUGGUGCCAUGACAUUUGAUGUAGAAUAUUCACGGUGGCUUGAAGAGAAGAAUCGACAAAUUAAUGAGUUGAGAACGGCAGUAAAUUCUCAUGCAGGCGAUGCAGAACUUCGUAUUAUCGUUGACGGUGUUAUGGCACACUAUGAUGAAAUUUUCAGGCUGAAGAGCAACAUAGCUAAGGCAGAUGUUUUUCAUUUGCUGUCAGGCAUGUGGAAGACACCUGCUGAGAGGUGUUUCUUGUGGCUUGGUGGCUUCCGGUCAUCCGAGCUUCUAAAGCUUCUUGUAAACCGAUUGGAGCCUUUGACAGAGCAACAGUUGGUGGGAAUUGGCAACUUACAGCAAUCCUCCCAGCAGGCUGAAGAUGCACUAUCUCAAGGUAUGGAGGCAUUGCAGCAGUCUCUGGCGGAGACAUUGUCCACAGGGUCUUUAGGCUCGUCCGGGUCAUCCGGGAAUGUGGCAAACUACAUGGGUCAAAUGGCCAUGGCCAUGGGCAAGCUAGGAACCCUUGAGGGUUUCAUUUGUCAGGCAGACAAUCUGCGGCAGCAAACCCUGCAACGAAUGCACCGGAUAUUGACAACCAGACAGUCGGCUCGUGCACUUCUUGCGAUACAUGAUCACUUCUCCAGAUUACGAGCUCUUAGUUCCCUCUGGCUCGCACGACCGAGAGAGUGAAAAUCUCCUGUCUGCUCUGCUGGGAAAAUCACGACACCAGACAGCUCGCCCGCUAACACUGGCAACUAGUCUAGUGAUCCUUGCCAUCUUGUGUAUUUUGUAUGUAAUGUGUUUGUCUUUUCUUGUGUUGCAUGUCGUGAAAUGAGCAGUUUCUCCAAACUGAAAUUAUGUAGUUAUAUUUUUCACGAUCAAUCUUAUGAUCAUUAGCUGCCUUUGUAAGACCAGAUUUACCAGUAUUUUUGAAGUGAAAU